GAUUUGCCGUAGUCAGGAAGCAAGCUUUCCUUUUUUUCUUCCAUCUUUCCCAUCAAGUCGAACGUGUUGAAGUGAUUUAGUCCCAAUCUUUUUCUCUGGAGGACGUUGACAUGACAAUGAGCCGUUAUCGCCGAUGGAUUUGGUAGGACAUCCGCUCUCCGAGUGUUUUUUAAUGCACUCUGAACAAGAAAUGAACUUGUCGAAGGGUCCACUGGUGAACAGCAGCACUGACGACAGCUCCAAGUCAACGUACGGUAAAUGCGGCGCUGGCGCCUGGAGGAUGCACCAAAGCUACGAGCCGCUGGAGACCAACCACAUGAGAGACCCACAUGCCCUCUACAACCCGAGGCUUCUCUGCAGAAUGUCCAGUAAGGAGCGCCACCUUGAGUCCAACUGUCCGUCCUCGUAUAUAAAGACAGAGCCAUCAAGUCCCGCCUCCCUGACUGACAGUCUAAACCACCAUUCGCCCGGGGGCUCCAGCGACGCCUCAGGCUCCUAUUCGUCCACCAUGAACGGCCACCCCAAUGGCUUAGACUCCCCGAGUCUAUACGGCUCCAACGCGGGGCCUCUGGGUCCCGCCGGCGGCCCCGGAUCCAAGCGCUACGAGGACUGUUCGUCAACGAUCGGGGAAGAUUCGCAGAUAAAGUGCGAGUACAUGUUGAAUUCCAUGCCAAAGAGGCUGUGUCUGGUGUGUGGGGACAUUGCUUCUGGCUACCACUAUGGUGUGGCGUCAUGUGAGGCCUGCAAAGCCUUCUUCAAACGCACCAUCCAAGGCAACAUAGAAUACAGCUGUCCAGCCACCAAUGAGUGUGAAAUCACCAAGAGGAGACGCAAGUCCUGCCAGGCCUGCCGCUUCAUGAAGUGUCUGACUGUGGGCAUGCUGAGGGAGGGUAAGGGAAAAGGUGUUCGUCUGGACAGGGUUCGCGGUGGAAGGCAGAAGUAUAAACGCCGGAUAGACGCCGACAACAGUCCUUACCUGAACCCCCAGCUGGCUCUGCCCGCCAAGAAGCCAUUUGCCUUUGGCUGCCUUGCAGAUAACAAAAUUGUCUCUCACCUGCUGGUGGCCGAGCCGGAAAAGAUAUACGCCAUGCCCGACCCGACGGUACCAGACAGCGACAUUAAGGCCCUGACCACGCUGUGCGACCUCGCCGACAGAGAGCUGGUGGUCAACAUCGGCUGGGCCAAACACAUCCCAGGCUUCUCCACGCUGUCUCUAGCGGACCAGAUGAGUCUACUGCAGAGUGCAUGGAUGGAGAUCUUGAUCCUGCGCGUGGUCUACCGCUCGCUUUCCUUCGAAGACAAGCUGGUGUAUGCGGAGGACUACAUCAUGGACGAGGACCAGUCGAAGCUGGCUGGACUGUUGGACCUGAACAACGCCAUCCUCCAGCUGGUCAAGAAGUACAAAGCCAUGAAAAUGGAGAAGGAGGAAUUUGUCACUCUCAAGGCCAUCGCGUUGGCUAACUCAGAUUCCAUGCACAUUGAGGACGUGGAUGCCGUGCAGAAGCUCCAGGACGUGCUCCACGAGGCCCUGCAGGACUACGAGGCUUCCCAGCACCAGGAGGACCCUCGCCGGGCAGGCAAGCUGCUCAUGACCCUGCCUCUGCUCCGCCAGACCUCCACCAAGGCCGUGCAGCACUUCUACAGCAUCAAGCAGGACGGCAAAGUGCCCAUGCACAAACUCUUCCUGGAGCUGCUGGAGGCCAAAGUGUGAGGGCGGAGUCUCCAAACUACUUCCAGUGACCUCUCCACCUUUAACACACACACACACACACAGUAAUAUGCCCCUUAACUAAACAAGUAAGCUACUCCUCUUACCUUAACUGUCUAAGAUUUAAAAAAAAAAAAAAAGGCUCACUUGACCUUUCGCUUUUGGGAGGUGCGGGAUGCAAGCUGACAGACUGAUAUGACCCCGCCCCCUUUAAUGGGGCAGAGACAAAGACGCUUCCUGCUGUUAUUGUCCUGAGCAAGAACGCUGACAAGAACUCUCUCAUAUGCAUUUAAUAAUGAGCUUAUUCAUACGAGGACACAAGGAAAUGUUCAUUUGAUGACCGGUGAGAGCCCCCCCUACUCCUCCUCUCCCACCUAUAUUAAUUUUGUAAGUGUUUAAGAAGAUAACUUAAAGGGAAAAAAAAAACACUAAAGAAGUAUUAAUGACAUUUGUAAUCACAUUACAUGUACAUUGACAUUGGGAUGGACAAAGAAGAUGAAGAGAUUUGCCUGCCAAAAGAUGGAACACUUUCAUUACAUUCAGCAGAUGCCAGCAAACUUUCACUAUUAUACACAAUUAUUUGAAGUUUUAUUUUGAAAAAUCCCUUUCUCUUCCAUGAAUAAUUUCCAACCAACAGGGCUGAUUUAUCUACAGUUGGAUUAGUUGUUAACACUUUUGUGGUUCUUCCCGAAUGACGGGCCCGGUUACCCACAAUGCUCCUGUGUGUCACGCUUGAAGCGGAAAAUUCCAGCAGAGUUAAUGAGGGAAUAAGAAGUCCGCAGAUGUUGCUUUUCCACAAAAAAGCUGUGAUAACCAGGCCACCUUGAACGCAUCAAUCGUAAAAAACCAAUGCUGAUAUUUACACACUUUAUCCAACAGGAGACUGAGGGCAGCAUAAAAGUGCCACUAUAGCAAAGUGGGGACUAUGGAGUUGAAUACUGCUGGGUCCACAGCACAGCAACAGACUAAAUUAGUACAUUUUUUAUGUAGCCUCAAAUGUUACAAUCAAGGCUGCAACAAUUUAUCGGUUAGAAAAAAAAUGUUCUGUUGUUUCGAUUCAUCGUUAAAUGAGUGUAACUAAUCAAAAUGUAUCAAAUCCAGACAGCAUGGAAUAGCAGUUUCCGCUACAAAAGAGCGUACAUGAGAGCAGUGGCGUGUGGGUGCUGUGUCACAUUUGUAUUAUGCACACAUGUUAAAAGUGCAAUUUCUAUGUUGAUGAUGUGCAUUUAUUAGAAAAAAGAAUGAAGGUUAUGGCAAGCAUGAAAAAUUGGUGUUUGUUUUAACUAUUUGCCCUAAAGUACGCAUUGACGCCAUAAAGGGUGUUUUAUCCGAUUACUCGAUCAGAUAACAAACUAUUUGAUAGAUUACUAAAAUGAUCGAUAUCUGCAGCCAUAGUUAGAAUGUUCUAACCUGCUCAACCAGAACUAGUCCCUCGUGGUCCCUGGUUCUGCCUCUGGAAAAGCGUAAAUAGAGCCAAGUGGACACUUGGACUGCUCACAUUGUCCUCAAGUCAGUCUGCAGUGUUUCCAUCUUCUCAGCUUCAGCCUCACGUGACUCCGCCCGUGUGCCAAUAGUCCUUUGUCACCUCCGUGCUUCCCUCCUUGCUCACUUUCCUUCCCACGAGAUCAUCUUUACAAGAUGGCCUCGGACCGGUGGGGACAGAGGGUGCAUUGUGAAGCCUCGCUUUAUGUUUCAUUUCAAGGGGUUUCUAUCUGGGACUAAUCCUUGCUAAUGUACCUAGAGUAGGCGUGUAAAUAACAGCCAUCUUGUAUAUGACAAAUAACAGCAGCUUUUGUUUUGGAACUUCCUGUCAGCUAUUAACUUGACCACGACGCUCAGCUGCUGUCAUGUAUGUAUAAACAUAACCGGUAAUAUCACUUAUUGAUAAGGAUGAGGUCAGGGGUCAGGACACCUCGUCAUGGGACUGAGAAGCCAUCGUCUAAAGCCGCGUUUCCACCAGAUGGUACAGUUGUGGUUGCCAUGGUACACUUUGGAACAGUACCCCCUCACAUCCUGUGACCUCAUAGUAGCAGGACAGGUCACUGACUGCAACAGCCAUCAUUUUCUGCCUCUUUCCCAAGUCAAUGAAUGCGACUGAAGUUGUCCUGCCAAUAUUUGGAGGUAAUAUCACAGCUAAAUGGGAGCCGUAUUGGCCUGUGUGGAAUGUCGUGAAGUUUAAAAGGGAAGUGCACUGCUUCGGGAAUUUUGCCUGUCAUUCACAAUCCUUAUGUGAGACAAGAACACAUACAUUUUUCCCCCCGCCUUUUUAUGCAUUCUAAAUAGUAAAAAACUGCUAGUAAGAGGCAGCUAACAAUGCAGCCAAUGGGGAUACGAUCUAUAAGCCUAUAAAAUGUUGUAAAAUUCCAUUAACGUUGUAUAUACAUGCUGCAAGUAUAUAUGUAAUGUAGAAACAGGAACAUUCAUAAAAACAUUUAAUAUUGACCUUAUUUUGAUCUUUUUCAAUAUUACCUUAACUUCUUUUCUGGGCGCAUUGAUUUCACAGAGCGCAUUGCAAUGUUUGCUACUUCCUUCAACAACAACUACUACUAAUAAUCAUGGCAGACUUCAUGAGAGCCUAACAACUGCUUUGGGACAAACAGUGAUUCAGAACCUUACAUUUUUGAGCCUGAAUAUAGGGAGGAUGAGCUACAGGUUUUAGAAGCUGACUGAUAAGCAGACCUAACUAUAGUGAAACAUUUAAGCAUCAAAAGCUACAAAAUGUAAAUGGAGUAUUGUUGUCAGUAUUUGGAUGUUUUCUAGUGGGUUUGAACUAAACAGUGACUUACAUUGCUGACUGGUGGGAUGUUUAUAUCUUCAGCACCAGACUGGUGUUCCCCGUUUAGAUGACAAAUUACUCCUCAGGUAAAAAAACGCUGAGAGAAAACAAGCAUAUUGCCGCAUCUUCCUAGCGAUGUCUAAAUUGAAUUUCAAAGUUGACCUACUUCUUGGCUUAUUGCCACAACCUUCUACUUUCCAAGUGUGAGGCAUGAUUUAUAAUCAAGCAAUAACUUGUCCAAACUCAAAGGUGAUUCAGCAGCAACUAAGUAGCUAGCUUACCUCUCUGUGAACAAGGCGCUAAAAGUAGUUCCUCUGAGUUAGCUCUUAUAAUAACAAUGUUGCUAAUACUCAGUUAAUAUGCAGGUCACGACAUGUAAAUUGGGUAUUGUUGGCAUUAUUUGAAUGUGUUUUUAGAGGGUUUUAUAGCCGGAGAAUGUGAAUCUUAUAAGCUACAUUGUUAGCCGCCUCGUACUAGCAGUUUUUCACUAUUUUGCACAGUAAAGAGAAAAAUGUGUGUUCUUGUCUCGCAUGAGGAUUGUGGAUGAUGGGAAAAAUUCCCCCAAAAGUGCAUUUCCCCUUUAAAACUCACUUCUCCCCUCCUGUGAGUGCGUUGAAAGCGAACAAAGGAUUCCAGAUGCAAUAUUUGCCGGGUUCUGUGUGAAAGACGCCGGCAAAUGAAUAUCAGAUCUUCUGACAAGCAGGAUGAAGUGCAACACUUUGACAAAAACAGAUAGAAAUGGGAGAGAUGUACCGUAGUUGUUUGGCUUACCUUCCUGCUUAGGAGGUACAGAAUUAUCCGAGGUUGGUCCGUGCAAAGUGGGAUGCCUUAUUGCACUCAGCUGUUGGAAGUAAUUGUCGCUGUCAAACGAGACUAAAGAUGUAAUCAAUUAUGCAAAGCUCAUUCACAUCCUGCUUUCCUGCGUUCUGCGUGUAAGGCACGGGCCAAUGAACGUAGACGAGUGUUCUGGGGCGGCAAUUUUACAGGCAAUCUUCGUCAAGUCACAACUUUUGACAAUUAAAACUGCUCCGUUUGGUGGAAACAGGCGUUAAUUGCGGUGCUAAAACAAAUUAGCAUCGUUAUCACACAAGUGGUUUUGCUCUCUAACUUCCUGUUUUAAAAUGCAAUACCAUAAUAAGUCAAAUAAACUAAAGUUAGAGCAUGCUAAGGCCGAUUUAUCAGACAUCUGCUUGUAUUUUCUUCACAUAUAACAGUCAUUGCAUCAUUUUAAACAAACAGGAAGUAGGAUCCAGAAAGCUUUAACAGUUAAACGUCAUAAACGAUCGUGUAAGUGAUUGGUUCUUAAAGCUGGAUAAAGAUGUCAAGUUGUUUGUCCAAACUACAAGAAGCUGGCAGCGGAGGAUUUAAGUGUAGUCCGCCAUCAUUAUUUAACCUUGUAUAUUGUAAAUAGGGGAAAAAACAGAAUUCUAACAUAAGACAUUUUAUUGGGAGGGCAAAAAGCAACAAUAACACAAAAAAAAGUUAUUUAACCUUUGACUUUUGCUUUUUAAUCCUCAAGUCUUCCUUUAUUUUGAGUUGUGUCCCUGUCCUUGUGACGUGGGGGGUGGGGGGGGGAGCGUUAAAACACAGCGCUCAUCUCUUACAGACUUAAUGAAUUAUUUAGUAUCUAAAUGAUAACAACAAGUAUGUACAUGGGAGGAGGGUAAUUUGAAGAAACAAUAUUCUGUAUUAUCUUUUGAGGUUUCACUAACCUGAGGAUGCGCCGAGAGACAUUUGAGUAACUCUGAGGGGACUUUUUAAAAAUAAUCUCACUGUACAUACAUAACUACCUUCCACGCAACUCCAUCAUUUUGCCCGUUUUAUUACAAUUAUUUGAUGAUUUUUAAAUCGUUUCGAAAAUAAUUACAAGGCCUUUCAAUUAGUUAUGUUGAGUUUGAUCACUUAAAAGUGUAGCAUUAUGUCGAAUUUUGAAAAGGCUUAGAGGCAUCGUAAACUUUAACAUAAGUGUUAUAAUAGGAGCAAAAGUACCGCUAUUGUUGCAAAACUAGUCCGGCUUUACAAGAUGUUCUGCAGUGAAACCAGUGACAGAUGCUGCGAGUGUCCCAAAUGGGCACUUGAUUUGACUAUGAUGUCGAAAUUUAAUAGGGGACAGACUUGUGUAUUUGGCACAGGCCAGCUAAGUCAAUAAGAAACCACAUUCAUGGUCCAAAAAAAUGUUUUUGUCAUUUCCGACAAGCAAUAUUUUGUUGCACUCGAUGACUUCCAAUGUUAUUUCUAGUGUUUUCCAUGAGGUGCAAUGGGAAAAUGAGUUGCACUUUAAGCACCGCGUUUUUUUUUUUUCCUUUCAUCUGUUAUUAACCUGCAAAUAUUGUACGUAAUCAUCCCUCAUGCUCGACUACGACUAUGAAGGGUUGUCCAUCAUUUAGUUGUAUUCACCAUUGGCUGCUGCCUUCAUGUGAGGGAGCAACAACUUUUAGGGGUAUUCAAAAAAAACAAAAAAAAAGACCCUUUUCUUGUGAAGCGUCCUGGACGAAGAUAUGAAAACCCUCCUGUUGUUAUUAAAAAAAUAUGUUCUUAGAUUAUAGAUGUGCUUCACAUCAGUAAACUGAAAAUGACAAAAAAAAAACAA